AUGAUCGAUGGGAACGGACGCGACGACUUGACUGUACGUACCAAAGUGCUAGUGACCGGCGGAGCCGGCUUCAUCGGUUCGCACCUGGUUGAUGGGCUGCUGGACAACGGAUACGACGUGGCGGUGGUGGACAAUCUCAGCAGCGGUCAAUUGCGCAACCUGAAUCACCGGGCGACUUUCCACCACGCGGAGUUAAACGAUGUCCGGUUGACGCAAAUCAUCCAGAGGGAAAGACCGGAGAUCGUGUUUCACCUGGCGGCCCAGAGCAGCGUCCGCCGAUCUGCGAUUGAUCCCGUGGCCGACGCGGACUCCAACGUGAUGGGCACGAUCCGGUUGAUUGCGGCGGCGGCGGCAGAGGGCGUGGAGAAGUUCAUCUUUUCGUCAACUGGCGGGGCAAUCUACGGCGAUCCGGAAACCAUCCCCUGCGAUGAAGGUACGCCGGUGAACCCUCUUACCCCGUAUGCUCUAUCCAAAUACGUCGGCGAGCAGUACCUGGAACUGUUCAACGAGACCUAUGGGCUGGAUUACACGAUCCUCAGAUACGCCAACGUUUACGGUCCCGGUCAAAAUCCUGAUGGCGAAGCCGGCGUUAUCGCGAUUUUCGCCGGGAUGAUGCUGGGUGAACGCCGGCCGCAGAUCUACGGCGACGGUCUCCAGAAACGCGAUUUCGUGUACGUGUCCGACGUGGUUAAGGCCAACCUCGCGGCUGUCAACAGGGGCGAUGGCCGAACGUAUAACAUUGGUACGGGGCAACAGGUCAGCAUCGCGCGGAUUUACGAACUGCUGCGGGAAAUCACGGGAUUUGACCAGGAGCCCGACUAUCGACCCAGACGGACCGGAGAGGUGCUCAACAUUGCCCUGGACUCGACCCGCGCAGAGAAAGAGUUGAAAUGGACGGCUGAGGUGUCGCUGGAGGAGGGCCUGAAGCGUUCGGUGGAGUACGUUCGGGCUUCUCUUUCGCAGCGCACCAGUCGUGUGGGCGCCAUGUCGGACCGCAGGCGCCAUCACGCGAACCCGGCGCCGGCGGUUGCCGACGGGUCCGACGGAUAA